AUGGCCACCUUGGCCUCGUCACCUCCGACCUCGCCCUCGUGGCCCAAACGACGCCCUCGAGCCUGGGCCCUCCGCUGCGAACGAUACUGCUGUGCAGCAGCAAGCUGCUUUCCACUCGCCUUCGUCUACGGUAUCACCACCUGGGCGGUAUACGUUGCUGUCAGCAUCGGCAUCAAGCCCUCACGAAGUGACUGGAUUGGUACCCCGAGCUCUAUCCUCGCAUUUUCCCUCUACGCCAUCCUCAACUUCUCAUAUACCGUCGCCGUCUUCACCGAUCCGGGGUCGCCGCUCUCUACCUCUCGUGGGGCUGACCGUCAUGAGUACAGCGCCCUUCCUCCCUCCGAGUACCCGGAGUUCACAUCAUACACUGUUACCUCGACCGGUGAAUCACGGUACUGCAAAAAAUGCCAGUGUCCAAAACCUGACCGCGCACACCACUGCUCGACAUGCAAACGAUGCGUCCUCAAGAUGGACCACCAUUGUCCCUGGCUGGCAACCUGUAUUGGACUGCAUAAUUACAAGGCAUUCCUGCUGUUUUUGAUCUACACCUCGAUCUUCUGUUGGGUUGAUUUUGGGAUUGCGGCCGUCUGGGUCUGGACCGAGAUCCUGAACGAUACCCAGUACAUGGAUACCAUGCUCCCGGUCAAUGUAGUUCUUCUGGCUAUCCUGAGCGGUAUCAUCGGACUGGUGCUGGGCGGAUUCACAGCCUGGCAUAUCAGUCUCGCUAUGCGGGGCACCACCACCAUUGAAUGUUUGGAAAAGACCCGGUAUGUGUCGCCUCUGCGCAAAGCACUAGACAGAAAGCGGAAUGAGCAGGCUCCUGACGAUAAUUACUGGGGGGAGCCGGGCGAGGAACGCAUAUCCACCCGACUGCAAGGGUAUGGGAAUCGGAUCAUCGAUGCCCACGCUAACGCAAUCCCGGGAGUUACCCGAGCUGAAGAAGGCGAAGAGCACAUGUACCCUGCGCCGCGCCCAUCAGGGCGUCCAGGCAACGGCCUCACGCCAGCACAGCAAGCGUUGACCCGGUCAUACGCCGAAAUGGAGCGACAGCGCGAGCACUCGCGGUACGAGGAGUACCAAAAUGACGAAGACAACGAAAAAAUGCCCAGCGCGUUUGACCUUGGGUGGCGGCGUAACCUGCUCCACCUUUUCGGGGACCAACCGUUGCUUUGGGCUGUACCCAUUUGCAACACCACCGGCGACGGUUGGCACUGGGAGCCCAGUGCUAAAUUCCUAGAAGCGCGUGAACGCAUGCGACGGCGUCGAGAACAAGAAUCCACCGCGGAGCAGCAGUACUACCGCGAGUUGUACCAGCGCAAUUUGGACAACAGUAAUAGUUGGAGGGAGGGUGCUGCACAUCCGCAACCGGUGCCGAACCGUAGUAGCUCGCCUGAUCGGCCUCCGACCUCUGUGUCAAUGCAGACUCUCGCACCCCGGUCGCCGCGGCCGAGGCCUGGUGAUAGUGAUUAUGGGGAUGACGUGGAAGGGGAUGGGUUGUUAGAUUCGGGCGCUAGCCGCCAGCAGGCUACGCGUCGUAACGCUGAUGAAUGGCGGGACUGGGACUAA